UGCAACUUGACGAUACAGCGGAUACAUCAAUUUUGGAACGAACACGUCUAACCUUCAAUUAACUUUCUUAUUUCUUACCCUUAACAUACUUUAUCUCCGUAACUCUUUACAACGCUAGCUAGAUUCUCUCGAUCGCAUCGCUACAUAUUUCCGCUACCUGAUGACCCGAUAACCGUGGCAGCGACAUCUGUCGAAGCCGAAAGAGAAAAGAAAAGAUGGCCACUGUGUCGGGGUCACCCAAGGCCGCGCAACCUACCGAAGAUGGACAUACCGACACCUCUGGCUUAGAUGGAGCGAACCAGUUCCAACAUGCUAUUUCAGCAUGGAGAAACAUCGAUUUGGGCUCGUUAAUGUCUACCCUUGACAAUACGGCCUCAGAUAUCGUGGCUUUCCAACGAGACUCCACCGUUCAACGAAAAGACCUUGCGCAGAAAACAAAAGAUUUUAGAAAACUAGACGACGCGACCAAAUUGACAGAAAUCAAAAGCCUUUUAAAAGCCUACCAAACAUUCAUCGACCUCCUCACCAAUCAUUCGAAAUCCACCAAUUCCGCAUUUUUACAGGUCUACUCUGCCCUCGAAAAUGCACCAGAUCCAUACCCUCUACUCGAAGCGUCGGUCGACUCUAUGCUUGUAGCCGAAGAUACCCUACCAAAGCUCACCGAUGAAAACCAACACCUACAGGAAAACGUCGUCAAACUCACAUCGCAACUAGAGGAAACCGAAUCGAGGUUACAGUCAGAAAGUGCUAACCGCAAGCAGUUGGAAAACAAUCUAGAGACAAAGGUGAAAGAGGUGGAAGAGUCGUGGAUCGCAGUCUUGGAUGAGAAGAAAGACAACUGGGAAGCAAAAGAGAAGGCGCUGGAAGACAAGAUCGAAAGUCAGGAUAGGCUCCUAAACGAAAUCAAGGCCAGCUAUGAGGUAAACCAACGUCUUAAGGGAUCCGAAGAUGCGGACGCUGAGGGUAGCCACGGUCAUGUCACGAACGCCGAGUUGGAGAUGGUUCAUUCUGAUUUAGAACGAACUAGCGCAAGGCUCGCUGAGGUUGAGGCUCGAAACGAACAACUACGACUAGAUCUCGCCCAAUCCAAAUCGCAAGUCCCAGCGCAGGCACCAGUCUUGGAAGAUGACCCUGGAUAUAUGCGCAUGCGAUCGGAGAAUUCGUCACUUAUCCGCAAACUCGACUCUGCCAGAGUUGAGAAGGAAGCCUUUAAGCGGGAUAUCGAUACGAAACUCCGAAGUCUAGAACGAGAAGUUGGGCUUUUGAAGGAAGAACGCGAUGGAUUAAAGGUGAAAAUUCAAAAAUGGAACGAUUACGACGAUAUCAAGCAAGAAUUAGAGGUACUCAAGAGUAUUGAAUUCGCGACAGGGGACGACGACGAUGUGUUGGCAGAAUCGAAUGGUGCCGCUCCCAAGGGGAAGGGUGAUACCCUGGAACAAUUAUUGUUAGCCAGGAAUAAGAAGUUGAGUGAUGAGUUGACCAUCUUACGAGUAUCUCAUCAAGAUCUCCAGAGUCGACUGGAGAACCUGCAAGAGGAAAUGUCAAGAACAAACGCAGAUCUAGAGAGGUCACAGAACCUCAAUGCACAGCUAGAAAAUGACCUAGCAAAUCUUCAAUCCGAAGGGCAGAAUGCUUUCCCAUCAGGAGUAUCAGUAGCUGGCACCUACACAAGAUACGCGCCGUCUAUAGCACCAGGAAGAAGGGGCGGAAGGACAUCGCCGACAUCCUCUAUCAUAUCGGGCUUUGAUCCCCGAACUACAGGGGGAGAACCAAUGGGUGGUGGCUCGGGUAUAUUGCCCAUGAUCACUGCUCAACGUGACCGCUUUAAAAAGCGGAAUGCCCAACUUGAAGGGGAGUUGUCAGAGUCCCAUCGCACAGUGUCGCAGUUACGACAAGAAAUCGCAGCCUUGCAGAAGGACAACCUUCAGCUGUAUGAAAAGACACGAUAUGUGUCGACUUACAAUCGCAAUGGACCAUCAGCAUCGUCGUCAUCGGCGUACUCGUCAAACCCAAAUCCGUCCGUCGUUGCUAUGGGCGGUACGGGAAAUCCAGGGAUCACGCUAGACCGUUACAAAAAAGCGUACGAGUCGAAUAUUUCACCUUUUGCGGCAUUCAGAGGGCGUGAGUCAGCAAGAGCGUAUAAACGGAUGAGUUUCCCGGAGAGGAUGGUGUACUCGGUGACGCGGAUGGUUCUGGCUUCGCGAACAAGUAGAAACCUAUUUGCAGCUUACUGCGUUGCAUUGCACAUCCUAGUAUUUUUCUCGCUCUACUGGCUGGGCACAGUAGACGUCGAGCAGCAUUCGACUAAUCUGAGCCAGGGUAUAGCCGCUGCAGCAGCAGCGGGGGCGGCCGGCGGUAAUGGUGGUGGUGGUGGGAGAGGCCAGGCUGCUGCCCAUCCUGGAAGCUGGCAAGAAGAGGGUUUCAAUGGUCAUUGAUGAUCACGUUCGCAGGAUAAUACGUCUAUUGUAUCAUUACUAGCCGGCCUUGGUCUUGUCUUAUACGGCACGUGUCAUACAUCUAAUACCAACUCGUUUAUGUUAAAUAUUCUAUCUACAUUGCGUUCCAUGAGGCUUGGACGUUAAGGCUA